AUGUCCAUUUCUGGGACGCUUAGCAGCUAUUAUGUCGACUCGAUCAUAAGUCACGAGAGUGAGGACGCGCCUCCAGCCAAGUUUCCUUCUGGCCAGUACGCUAGCCCGCGGCAGCCGGGCCACGCCGAGCACCUGGAGUUCCCCUCGUGCAGCUUCCAGCCCAAGGCGCCCGUGUUCGGCGCGUCCUGGGCGCCGCUCAGCCCGCACGCGUCGGGGAGCCUGCCGGCCGUCUACCACCCCUACAUCCAGCCCCAGGGCGUCCCGCCGGCCGAAAGCAGGUACCUCCGCACCUGGCUGGAGCCCGCGCCGCGCGGCGAGGCGGCUCCGGGGCAGGGCCCCGCGGCGGUGAAGGCGGAGCCGCUGCUGGGCGCGCCUGGGGAGCUGCUCAAGCAGGGCACGCCCGAGUACAGUUUGGAAACUUCGGCGGGCAGGGAGGCCGUCCUGUCUAAUCAAAGACCCGGCUACGGGGACAAUAAAAUUUGCGAAGGAAGCGAGGACAAAGAGAGGCCGGAUCAAACCAACCCUUCCGCCAACUGGCUGCACGCUCGUUCUUCCCGGAAAAAGCGCUGUCCCUACACCAAAUACCAGACGCUGGAGCUAGAGAAAGAGUUUCUGUUCAAUAUGUACCUCACCAGGGACCGUAGGCACGAAGUGGCCAGACUCCUCAAUCUGAGUGAGAGACAAGUCAAAAUCUGGUUUCAGAACCGGCGGAUGAAAAUGAAGAAAAUGAAUAAGGAGCAGGGCAAAGAGUAA